GAUGGAUGUGAGCCCCGCCCCCGGCUCAGCUGGAUGGAUGUGAGGCUGCCAAUUGGGAGAAGUGGAGACACCACGUGACCCUCUCCUCCAGUAGAUCGGCGCGCAGUCAGCAGCAGCUCAUUUGCAUGGCCCGUGUAUAAAUACCGCUGCGGAGGGAGGAGGAGAACAGACGAGAUUGUGUCUUCAGUCAGAAUGCCCGAGCCAGCCAAGUCCGCCCCAGCGCCCAAGAAGGGCUCCAAGAAAGCCGUCACCAAGGUCCAGAAGAAGGACGGCAAGAAGCGGAGGAAGAGCAGGAAGGAGAGCUAUGCCAUCUACGUCUACAAGGUGCUGAAGCAGGUGCACCCCGACACCGGCAUCUCCUCCAAGGCCAUGGGCAUCAUGAACUCCUUCGUCAACGACAUCUUCGAGCGCAUCGCAGGGGAAGCCUCCCGCCUGGCUCACUACAACAAGCGCUCCACCAUCACCUCCCGGGAGAUCCAGACCGCCGUGCGCCUGCUGCUGCCCGGAGAGCUGGCCAAGCACGCCGUCUCCGAGGGCACCAAGGCCGUCACUAAGUACACCAGCGCCAAGUGA